AUGAGGGUGGCUGUUCUCCUCCUGGGGCUGGCACUGUUGGAGGCGGAAGGCAGGUGUUUCUUUAAUCGCACUCAGGAGUACUGUGUGUGCUACAAGCUGUCCCAGGACAAUGCAGGGAGCAUCAUCCAGUGCCUCGCAGCCUCUGUUGUGGAGUUUCAGGGAGGAGAGCUGGAGAGAUAUGUUGACUUGCCCAUCAGAGACCUGGAUCCCUCCACCAUUGACAUGCUUGGCACACUUGAAAUCAGGAAAAUCAUUUUGGGUGACCUCCUGGUGCCUGAGGUCCUCCUCGCCCGUGUCUUAAGGUUCUUCUCCUACACCCGGGUGCAGGAGAUGGCAUUUGAGAGCUGCAGUUUUCUGGGGAGGAGCAGCUGGGAUGAAAUGGCUGGCCAGAACUUGCCCAUAUUGUCCCUCCAUUUCCACAACGUGACAUCUGCCCCGCUGACGGGCCGCGAGCAGGACUUCUCUAAACUGAGCAGCUGGCUGGGGACCCUGCAGGAGCUGUCUGUCACCAGCUCCCACGUCACCAGCCUGCCCUGUGGCAUCGGAAGGGUGUUCAGAGCUCUGCGCUCCUUGGACAUGGCACAAAACAGCCUUGGGGAUGGGAGUUUGAUGCCUGCCUUCUGCGAGGGGGCCUUCCCGCAGCUCCAGGUCCUGAGUCUGCAAGAAAACAACCUGACAUCCUACCACGGUGUGUGCAAAAGCGUGCAGCUGCUGCACGAGCUCCAGCACUUAGAUCUCAGCCAGAACAAGCUCGUGGCCAGCCCAUCCUCCUCUUGCCAGUGGCCGGCGUCCCUCCGAAUUUUUAACUUGUCCAACGCUGGCUUGGACAAAGUCCUCACACCUCUGCCUCCUGGCCUAGAAGUGUUGGACUUGAGCUCCAACCACCUCCAUGCUGUAGACAUCUCCCUCCAUUCCCUGAAGACUCUCCUCCUGAGCCAAAACCUGCUGCUGGCCGCCCCCUCCAUCAGGAAUUACCCCACAUUGCACUCCCUCCACCUCGACAACAACUUGAUUACGGAGUGGCCAUGGGACGAGGUGAAGCUCUUGGGGAACCUGCAGGACGUGUCUGCGGCUGGGAACCCCUACAACUGCACCUGCGCCGGGGCUGGGGCCCUCCAGGCGCUGGCAGCCACGGGCUGCCUCAGGCAGGGCUGGCCCCAGGACUACGCGUGCCACUCGCCCCCCCAGUACCAGGGCACGCUGGUGAGGGACGUGCCUGCCUCGGUGCUGCAGUGCAACAGAGCAGCGGUGCUUGCUCCCGUCUGCACGGCCCUCGCCCUGCUCUGCGUGGCCGGGGCUGGCUGGCUGGCCAUGGCACGGAGGAGACGCGCGGCCGUUCCCACCGCUGCUCAGCCCCAGGGGCACGGCCAGGAGCUCGGUGAGAAGGCUCGCAGGAGCCCGAUGUGCUCGUGAGGGGCUCUCUUGCUCUUCCCCCAUCCAGGCUCCCUGUGGAACAGGAGUGUCUUCAGCGCUGUCCCACAGUGGCGGUGGCUUUUCCCAUCUGAGUCUUGGAAACCCUCGAGGAUGGGGAGACCCCCCCCCCUUGCUGUGCUCUGUCCCUGGAAAGAUUUUCC